UUGGGUGUCACGUCCACACCGGGGUUCAGCUGACAGGAAGGGAACCAGUCUCCUCCCUGGGCAGAGACAGUGCUGAUGGCUCAGAACCCAGCUCUCAGCCCCAGACGGAUCAGCUCUCUCAGCAUGGAGCUAACUCUCCUGCUGCCACUGCUGGUCGCUCUCCAGAUUCUCCCCAGGCCAGUGCUCCCUGCAGGUGCCCCUGUGGCCCCAUCCCUGUCCCUGAACCCCCAGAAGCAGGAGUACUUCCCCGGAGACACUGUUGAAAUCAAGUGCUCUGCUCCUCCUUCGGUGGAUAGAGUUGAAGGAUUCCAGUACUACAGCAAUAUCGGAAAGGCCAUCUCAGUCCCAGCUUCAUCCAGGAGAAGCCAUACUUACAAAAUAAACCUCACAGGGCCUAAGGAUGGGGGGUCGUACCAGUGCGACUACUGGAUAGGUCAAGCCGGUUCUUGGAACAGGUCCAGCAGGAGUGACGCUGUCCUCAUCAGAGUAAAAGACUUCCCUCCCUGGCCGGCGUUGAGUGUGGAUCCUCCGUCCGGAGUGGUGAGCGAAGGGCUCCCCCUGCUCAUCAUCUGCACGGCCCCCAGCAAUGCUAGUGAGCGAAGGUUUCACUUCUACAAGGAAGGAGCUGAGCUCGUCCCUGGGGACGUGGGGUCUGAGGUCAGCACCACAGAGACCAGGACCGGAUCUAUGAUGCUCAGCAUCCCACAAGCUGGUCCCUACAGCACCGGGGAAUUCACCUGUGCGUACGAGGAGAACAUGAGCGGGAGGUGGAUUCUGUCCCUAAGGAGCUUGGCUGUGAAUGUUACCAUGACAGCACACAGCCAUUCCUGGGUCCGGGAGCUCGCUGUGGGUGGGUCCUUCUUCACCAUUAAUGGCCUCAUCUUCCUCAUCUCCCACCUCUGCACGAAGGGCAAAGGUUCCAAAGAGGAGCACACAAGUGCCUCAGACCCAUUUCAAUCAGAUUAUUACUCAGUCCCGGUUCAGUUGGUCACUGGUCAGUCUGGUCAUUCUGCGACCGCCAAGGCAAACCACGUCUCCAGCCCCAUGCCCCAGUCCCGUGGGAAUAACGAGUACCAGGAAGAGAUGUGA